ACCAUGUGUCAGACGGCCAGUGUCGGUGUUGUGGUGCAGCUGUGGGGUAAAACGAGUCAGCGUCGGCCCGACUACAGAUAUCGACCAGCCUUGGAACAAAAAGUGUGACGUCAGCGACAGCGUGGCUCGUCGGUUGUGACGGUGCACGCCGGCGUCAGUAGUGGUCCCGCUCCCAGCAGCGUGGGUGGUGAACGGGAUUCCACCGGAAGCGACAGUGGUGUCCCCACAACGGCAGUAGCGCAGUGCCCGAACCCCGCUAGCAGCGGUGACAAAGUGGCGGCCCGGCCUCUACCAGCGACAGUGCUGUGUUCACUUUUUACACUGGCGGCGAAAGUGCUCCUAGCAAAGUAUAAACUAUAUACGCAGCGGUACCUAACAGGGUGUACUGUAGCCACCUGUCUGUCUCAUUGGUUACUUCACUAUCUUUUCACCAGCUCACGGCAGUCGUAAAUAUUCCAUCCCGGAGGCAGUGCUGCCGGCUGAAGAUGCUGGCCGGCUGCUGGUGCCGCCCGGCCCAACAGCUGCUGCUGCUGAUGCUGCUGACCACAGCCGGCCUGCUGCUGAUCGGGCUGACAUCGCUCAGAGAGCCGGCGCUGGGCGUCCUCCCCCGGCCGGCUCUGCAGAGUACCGUACCGCGCACCGCGGCACCGGUCCCCGCCGGCCCGGUGCCGCGCCCGGGCCGGCUCCGGCGGUGUCCCACACCCAGCAGGCUGCUCUCCAUCAACUCUGCCGGCCGGCUCGGCAACAUCAUGUCCGAGUACGCCACGCUACUGGCGGCGGCCGGCGAGCUGCGCCGGCCCGCCUGGCUCCAUCCGGACAUGGCGCGCACCCUGGCCGUCUACUUCGGGCGGCUGUGGGUGCCGGUACUGCCCAUCAGCUGCCGCGUCAACUGGACAACCAUAUCCACUGAGGAGCUGAUGGCCAAGCGGCCCGACUCCGACACCAACCACAUGAUCGGCGGCUUCCCACACGCCGUGCCGCUGUUCCAUCCACUGCGCGCGCGGCUGCUGCGGGACUUCACCUUCCGGAAGGAGCUGCGCCAGCGCGCCGACCUACGACUCGCCGAGCUGGCGUAUCAGGCGGCCGUCACGGCGCCCACCUUUAUCGGCGUACACGUGCGGCGCACAGACUACAGCACGUGGCUGGCGCGGAGCGUACGUGGCCGCGUGGCCGGCGUGAGCUACCUGCGCCGAGCCGUGGCGCUGAUGAAAAGUCGACACCGAAACUCACUGUUCGUAGUCGUCUCAGACGACCCGGAAUGGUGCAGGAAAAACCUCCGCGGACUUCAGCGCGUUGUGGUCGCCGGGGAUGGGGUACAGAAUCGGCCCGGGGCCGAUCUGGCGCUGCUGGCCGCCUGUAAUCACACAGUAGUCACUCACGGCACGUUCGGCUUCUGGGCGGCCUACCUGGCGGGCGGGGAGGUGGUGGCGCCCACCGGGUACGGUCGGAGACCCACCGGCCUGGAGCAGGACGUGCGCCGCGCCCGGCUCGGCUGGACAUGGCUGCCGGCCAAAGGACAGUGAUGGUGCCGGACAGUGACGGGCAUUGACAAUACCGGACUGUGGGAAAGUCGGACAAUGUUGGUAUUUGACAGUAACGGUGGUGGAUCUGACAUGGUGGAUAGCAGUUGUAAAAAUGAGAUGUCAAACGCAUUGGAAUGGAACGCAAAAUGUCGAGUGUCUGGGUUAAACGUCUGAACUAUAAGCUAGGUAGUGAAAGUGAUGUUUACCGCAUUGAUGACAAAUGUAGUGAUAUCAGCCGUGUGACGUCCAGCGUAAAUAUGAUGCUGAAUUAUGACGUCGAGCGGGUGACGUCUCUGGCGUUUCUGACGCGCGGUAACCUCAAGCGGCUGUGGAACACCAGCGCGGCGGUGGCCGCUCGGCCCAGCGGUCUUUUACCACUCCGCUGAAGUUCAGUCAGCGGGCCCGCGAUGAAGUCCUUCCUUGACAAGGGCUUUGAUAGGAUCUUCCGCAGGGACCACUUAUUAUGAGCAGGCCUGCCAAUUGCUGGUUGGCGAUUCCCCAAUUCAUGGGAGCGACGCUUAAUUAAUCAAGACACUGACAACACAUAUGUAGGUAUGUGCGGCGGAAGAAAUUGUAAAAAUAUAGGACAAGCCAACAGUGGAAAUGUACAUAACGACGAAUUCCGUUAAAUCGUUAAUCGUUAACUCGUUACAUUGUAACAAAAAUAACGCAUAAGUAGUCCGACGUUUGCCGUAUUCUCUUUAUAAAGGUUUAUCAAAGGCAAAUGUUAGAAUAGAAAUGAGCAAUCGUCCUUGAAAAGAGAAAAUGUAAAACAAUUACAGACUCCGCAUUUAAUUUGCAAUAUCGACUCGAAGAUUUCACAAAGCUUAUUUCUUCAUAAGGAGCGUUUGAAAGUUUUUUUACCAGCCUUUGACCUCAUUGGCGCUGCCUUAGUAUUGUACAUGUUGUUAAAUGCAAUGUUAUGGGAGGGACGACAUACCUUGAAUGCUAGGAAUGACUUUUCAAGAGUGAAUUUGAACACUGUGUUGACUAUGAAUAGGUAAUGGAUGUGCUGUUGUUCUUUGUGACAAUCGGUGCUGACAAGCGGCCGUCAACAACCUUGAUACGUAGAGUACAAAAGGAAUCAUGUUGUCUUGAUUAGUGCCGGCCACAUGACCAUUACGUGCCAUGCCACGAACCAAUCCAUAAGUCAGUGCCGCAAUAGACAUGCAUUCUUC